AUGAUUAUCGGCGGCACGUUCGGGAGCGUGCAAAAAUACAUCGUUGAGGGACAUGUUGUUUGCAGCAUGCGACCACUGGAGAAUGCAUGGAUCACCCUUUACGAUUAUGAUGUUGUCACCCUUGACGAUUUGAUGGGCCAGACCUUAAGUGAUGAAAAUGGCUACUUCUUGGUGUCCGGUGAAGAAGAUGAGUUGUUUCGAGUCGAAGCCUACAUUGUGAUCUCACACUCCUGUGUGAAUGGUUCCUUUUUUGAAUCCAAUACUCCAUCGACGGAAAGAGAGGUCAUUUGUGGAGAAGAAGUAAUUAAGGCUACUGAUGAGGUAAAUAGCAUCCUGGCGGAAAUCGAUCAGAUGCAGUGA